AUGGAACAACAUAAAUAAUAUUGUAAAAUUUCAAAGUAGGAUAGAAGGUAAAUUAUACAUGAGGUUCUUGUAAAUAAGAGACUAAUAUUGGAAGUAAUUCGUUAGAGUCAUCAUAGGUUGCAAGAGAAUUCAAAGUCUUGCCUUCAACUUGCAAAUCCAUAAUUAAUACUUACAUUAAAGAAGGGAGGAUUGGCAAAAAGGAGAGAAGAAUAAGAAAACUGAAAAAAGUAACUGCUAUUUACACAAUUACAUUAAACCCAUUAAAUCCACUUUCAUCAACCAUAUCUACUGAAUGUGAAAUUGCUGAAGUAGAGUAACCGUCUCUCCAAAGCAAUGUCUAAUAAUAAGAGCUUCCUUAAAAAAAACCAUUUGAUUUUCUAAGUUAAUGGACUGAAACCUACGUUCAAGAUUACAAAAUGUACAAGUUCGGUGCAAAAUAUCAUUGA